AUGACUUUAAGUACGCAUUUGGUAAGCACAAUAACUCCAGAUGGCUACUUUUCGGUAGCUGAUGGUAAAAUAUACAGUGCGUGUCUUUUUUACACAUACCACUUUGUUGUCCAAGUGUGUACCUUCUUAUUCGAUUUAAAAUACGCCAUAGUAGCAGUCGAAAGGACUAGAGCCUUCAACUAUCGACUACAAUAUCAACUCUUUUGUAGUUCGCGGUUUGCUUGGCAUUACGUCCUCAAAGUGGUAUGUAAAAAGGGUUUACUUAAGAACUAAUAGGCUGUUCAAUUGGUUCUGUGCUUUCUAUAAAAUUGAAUUUUUGGAUUAGGGAGCACAGAAUUAUUUGAAAAGUAUAAUAGCAGCAUCAAAGGCAACUUUAAAAUUUUUUUUUAUUUAAAAUUUUUUAAUUUUUUUAAAAAUUUUUUUUUGAAUUUUGAUAAUAAAUUAAGUUAAUGCUUUCAGACUUUGUUUAGUAUCUUGGUGGUUACAAUAAAAUGUGUGAUUAUAUACAACCUUACCUCAGGUGAUGACAUUGACAGAAGACUUCAGCAAACUUUUAUAUUUGAGGAAUAUUACUAUGGUUUCAUAACUGCCUAUGUCUUUGCUGGCACUUCUGUACCAUAUGCCAUUUUCGUAAGUUUGUAAGGCUGUAAAUACAGUGUGUGGAAAUUUUUACUACAAUAUUUUAGAAAUCAUAUAGCUUUUUUUACUUUUUAAAAUUUUGUAUUUACUAUAGUAGAAUACCAUAAAGUUAAAUUCAAAUUUAAUACCACAAGGUUACAAUUUUGUAUACUGUUGAGAUAGUACAACAUGCAGUAACACAAAGCUAUUUCCAGAAGUUUUACAUACUGAACAAGACGAUACAGAGGUCGGUGAAUGAAGAACGUAACCUGAGUGCCCAGUAUGUUGUACGACAAGUGCAACGAUCUUUGACGUACGUCAAGAGGUUGAUAAUAGUGUUCACGAGUGUAAUUGUAUUCUGUGGCAUCUGUAUGGUAAUGGGCAUGUACUUUUACUACGGUUGCAAUGAAAAGAGCUUUGAACUUCGAAUAGUCAAUUGUGUGAGUUAUAUUUGUUUUUAAGGAGAUAUCAUGAUAGAUCAAAAAUAAAAAAAAUUUAAAUUUAAAAGAAGAGCCUAAAGACAAUAUUAAAUAUGUUACAUUCCAGAUAAUUUACAUAGUAGCUGGACUAUACAACAUAUCAUGCAACUACUACCUAGUACUAGUAUUUCCUCAGUUACAACGUGCUGUUGGACGAGAUUUCAAGAUGUUACGAAAGUACCACGAUAACAGUUUGGCUAUUGUACCAUUAGCUAAAGAAACCAACAUUUACUUUGAACAACUACAAGCAUCAUGGGGUUAA